AUGAGGGACAGACAGCACACGCCCCCGCCCCGAAUCCGUCCCGAGCCGGCGGUCCUCACGCUGGGCCGCAGCCUUCCGGCCUUUGCCGCCCGCCGUCCCCCUCGGUCCGGACGCCGAAGCACACUCACCGCUGCAGGACCGGGAGGGACAGCUUCGCGGGAAAGGCUACGCGGAGACGCUCGAAUACCGCCCUCAGGCGACCGGCGGCACAGCAGCCAUCUUGUUGUGUUGUGCCGGUUGCCGCGAGGAGCCGCUGGGCAUGGGCGGGGCUUGUUCUCGCCACGCCCCCGGGAGCUCGCGGGUGGGGCGGGCUGUCUCUUCCCGCCACUCGUGCCGCCGGCGGGCGCGCUCAGCUUCGGGUGCGGAGCUGGCAGGCGGGCUGCGCUCAGCCUUCUGGGCACCGAGUCUGUGAGGAGAGGCUUCCCAACCCAGCGGUGGGGGAGGCGGGCCACUCCUGUCCCCGAGUUCCCAACCGAGGGACCAGUGAUGGGGGUGUCCACACCAUUCACACUUGGGGUGGUGGAAGGCUGCCUCGAAGCACCCCAUCCCGUACCCAACUAUUUCGGAGGCAAAAUUGGAAACCUAGCCAGCCGGACGUGGCUGCGCGAAAGAACUGCGUGGGCUCCAGCUGCCAUCUCUUUGAGUUUUCCCGAUGAGCGCGGAAGCCUUAAUGAUUCGAAAGAACUUAGAAUAAUAUCUGACAUUUAGGGUUUGCUUGGUAAAGAGACCAUCCUGUACAAACCCGGGAAGAAUCGGGGAAGAGAACUUGACAAUGAGUAAUUAAGUAAUUCAGUGCGGUUGGAAGAAGAUGUAAGUAAUACACAAAUGUAGUUCAUUAUGGCUUGUGCAAAAGUCUGAAGUGGAGAAGCUAAAGAUGGAAGAGGAACCUUAUGAGCACCACUAAAGCACUUGCUGUUUUAUGAUAGAAGCAGAGGUCAUUUUACCUAACAGGAAAUUCUGGUGAUUUCCAACAGGGGGCGCUAUUUACUUUCAUUUGAAUAACGCUCCCCUCCAUCACUGUGCGCCACAACAGUCUUGCAGACGAAAAGCAACCCAUACAAAGAUCCAUUUCGCCUUGAAAGGAAGUUGUAUCCAUUCUUAGUCAAAGUUCAAAUGUUAUGUAAUAGUUUAGUAUGUGUAAAUUGCUGAGAUUUCCGUUCUGUUCUCUGCUUUGAUACGCGUCUACUUGUCUUUUCAACCAAAGACUUGGACUUACUGCUCAAGCUCGAGGCUGUACCCCGUCAUCCGCAGCGCCAUUCAGACGCAUUCCAUUGCCAGAUGACGCUGUGCAAGAGUUAAUUCACCAGUCCUGUCAGUAGCGCUCCAGAAAUGAGCACAAAUUUCCAGGGAGUCUUGUAACUCUUAUUAUCAUUUGGUUUCAUGUUGCCCUGUUUUCCUUCUUCAUACAGACCUUCUCUGGGGUCUAGCAUGGUGAAAACCCUGGGUGUGCCUCCAGCCUUGAAGACUUCAGAAGAGAGAUCAAAGUCGUUGUUCUCGGUUGUAUGUAAUCUACAAUAUAGUUACCAGCUAGGGAGAUGUGAAGGCAGCCUGACUGUGACCUGUCUGCAGGGUUGAAAGAUGAACCAGGACAUGGUGGCUUCGUUCUCGCCAGCUCUUUUGUCUACCCAAACCCUAGCUUUGCAACCCACACUAAGCAUUGCACGCAUCACCUUUAAAAGGGAACCAGAGGAACUUCUCAGGCAGAGGUGGCAGCCUCCACUGUUGCUAUUUCUAUAACUCCCUAACAUGACUCUAAAAGAUUAACUAAAUUACAGCUAUGUUUAAAAAUAAAGC